AUGGAGAAACCAAAACCAUCAAAAAAUACAUUCACUGUCGCAGAUAAAGAGAAAGGUGCAUGGAGACUUCCCAGGGGAACUGGUGCAUAUCACACAUCGAGCGAUGCUAGCUUGUUUUCUACCUCGCUGCCUGUCCUCCCACAUGCUAAAUUUAAUUUUGAUGAACCUGAUCAAGGUGGUCAGCCGCUUGAUGAUGACUUCCCUAUUCUCAGUAAGGUUCGUCUAGAAGCUAAAGUGAAGGACCGACUAGAAGACAAUAAGCCACAUACUAUGGAGAACUUUCUUCCGGAUGAUGAAAAUGAACUUUUAGCUGGUCUUAUGGAUGACUUUGAUCUUAGUGGGUUGCCUACUCAACUUGAGGACUUGGAUGAUGAUUUCUUUGGAAGUGGAGGUCUUGAAAUAGAACCUGAGAGUCAUGAGAGUCUAGUCGAUGGUAUAUCAAGAUUAAGUACAUUGGAUGGUAUUAGUGGAGUAAGUAUACCCCAUUAUGGUUUCACGAAUGGUGCUGGAGCUGUUACCGGUGAACACCCGUAUGGAGAGCACCCUUCAAGGACAUUAUUUGUUCGAAAUAUCAACAGUAAUGUAGAGGAUUCUGAACUAAGGGCUCUGUUUGAGCAAUAUGGAGAUAUCAGAACUCUUUAUACUGCAUGUAAACACAGGGGAUUUGUGAUGAUAUCUUACUAUGACAUAAGAUCUGCCCGGACUGCUAUGCGGGCAUUACAAAGCAAACCUUUAAGAAGAAGAAAACUCGAUAUACAUUUUUCAAUUCCAAAGGAUAACCCAUCAGAAAAGGAUAUUAACCAAGGAACUUUGGUGGUGUUCAAUUUGGAUGCCUCGGUAUCCAAUGAUGACCUUCGCCAGAUAUUUGGAGUUUACGGGGAAGUUAAAGAGAUAAGGGAAACACCUCAUAAACGGCAUCAUAAGUUCAUCGAAUUUUAUGAUGUUAGAGCUGCAGAGGCAGCUCUCAAAGCCUUAAAUAGAAGUGACAUAGCUGGAAAACGCAUAAAGCUUGAACAUAGCCGGCCUGGUGGAGCCCGUCGUAGCUUAAUCCAGCAGCUGAGUCAAGAGCAGGAUCCAGAUGAAGUUCGAGCUUUUCUGCAUCAAGUUGGUUCGCCCGUGGCCAAUUCUCCUCCAGGUAGCUGGCCAAGUUUUGGCAGUCCAGUCGAGCAGACUACAUUGCGCAGUUAUAAUCAGAGUCUGCCUAAGUUGGAAAGCCUCAGUCAUGUUGGGAGGAAUGACUUACUGGGUCUGGCUUCUAUUCUUCCAUCCCAUGCUUCAAAUCCUGUGAAAAUUACUCCAAUUGGCAAAGAUCCUAAGUUGAGUCCUAGUCCUGGAUCCACGUCACCAUUCGAUUAUCCCAAGCCGUCUAGUGUUGGAACACUUUCUGGUCCUCAGUUUCUCUGGGGAAGCCCCACUAUUCAACCUGAGGAUUCCAAUUCAUGGUCAUCCUCGUUAAAGGGACGCCCUGUCCCGGGCCAGUCAAUUGGUUUUCCAUACCCGGGUCAGCGUGGUUCAAUUCUGGGUUCGCAUCAUCAUCAUCAUCACCAUCAUGUGGGGUCUGCUCCAUCUGGUGUUCCAAUUGAAAGGCAUUUUGGUUUUUACCCUAAUUCACCUGAAAUGUCGUAUAUAAACCAGGGCGCAUUCAGAUUAUCGAAUUUAUCCGGCAACAACAGUGGGACUCAGGCAGUGAACAUCGGGGCUAUGAACAUGGGAGUUACUUUUCAUGGUAACUUUGCUGAUGGUUCUUCUUCAUCUGGUUCCAGGUUGAUGUCUGUUUCGAGAAAUAGUCCUUUGUUUAUUGGGAGUGGUUCUUUUGGAAGUACCAGUAAUGAUGGACUUAUUGAUCGUGGUCGAAGUAGAAGAUCAGAGCUUGGAAAUCAGAUGGAUAAUAAAAAGCAUUAUCAACUCGAUCUGGAAAAGAUUAAUAAAUGCAACGUCGGAUAUGCGUUCAUCAAUAUGGUGUCUCCUUCGCACAUCAUCACUUUCUAUGAGGCGUUCAAUGGUAAAAAAUGGGAAAAAUUCAAUAGUGAAAAGGUUGCUUCCUUGGCAUAUGCCAGAAUCCAAGGAAAGAUGGCUCUCAUCUCUCACUUUCAGAAUUCAAGUUUAAUGAAUGAAGACAAGCGCUGCCGGCCUAUCCUUAUCCAAUCAGAGGGACAGGAGACUAUUGAUCUGGAAUCAAUCCCGUCCGGAAAUCUGAAUAUAUUUAUCCGUCAGCCGGAUGGAACUUAUUCAGGAGAUUCUUUAGACAGCCCAAAGGGAGAACCGAAUGCUACCGGGAGUUAA